GCGGAGAGGAGCGUGCUCGCGAGCUGAAAUUUCGGAAGGAAACCCGAGCCAAACGCACGUGUUGGUCGCUCGCCCGCUCGCCUGUCCGAAUUGUGCCCCGCGUGUGGUUUUCGCAAGAUGCACAGUGCAUGACCGCGAGCCGAGGAAAAGUAGUGCCAACGCGUCGCGCGAAACCAGAGAGCCCCAGACGCUGAAUCCGCCGCUCCAAAAUGUUGCACGAUGGCUGAUUUCGCUGAGAGUGCGGCACAGCACUUCCACUUCUAGACUUUUGUAUGGUGCACUCUUUGGGACCACCUGCACAAUUUCUGCACCCAGACAAUAAGCCCACUAAGCCCCGACACAUGUGGCAGGACAUUGAGAGCGUGCUCUCAGGCGACCCUGAGCAACAGCGGGGCCUUCAAUCCGCAAUCGGCCCAGCCGGACCAACCCCUCCAGCGGCAACCCCCUACCAGUACCCCUCACCAAUGGCCAGCAGCGACAAGUACUCGUACCCUGAGUACAACUCAGGGUACCACCACUUCUCCCCUAGUCCGAGCAUUCAUCUCAACAACCCCGACCAACCCCUCCAUCCACAUCACCCCCACCAGCUCGCGCAGCAACAGGUGCACAUAAAAAACGAACCGGACGACGCUCGUUAUGAGCCCACCCUGAGUCAGGUCGUCGACCUCAACAGCAACCCGUACGCUGGCCACCCCUACCCGAUGGACACGAAACCGGGGUACAACCAACCCCACCAGUUCAACUACCCCCAAAUCCACGGGCAGGGGCAGGACUCGUCGUACAACGGCACCAUGACCAUCGUCCCCACCCAAAACUCCUUCCACUCGCCCCCCUCCAGUCCUGACAAUCACCCUCACGCGGUGCUCCGCGCCCCCUACCCCCAUUCUGACAUGAUGCAGUGGCACCCUCAGAAUGCAACCCCCCACCGCUUGGCGGCACACUACCCCUCCGGCCUCAGGGUCAUGACCCCUCCAGCCUCCCCUCACCUCGCCAACCUGCUGAACCACCGCCACCACAUGCAGCACCCCCCUCCGCAGGUGACCAACUACCUGGGCACCAACCCCGCCCAAAUGGACGUCGUCCAGCCGCCGCCCGCCAAACCGAAACGGGGCAGACGUCGCUGGGGCCGGAAAAAGGUGACCACGCACACGUGCACCUACGCCGGCUGCGCCAAAACCUACACCAAGUCCUCGCACCUCAAGGCCCACCUGAGGACGCACACGGGGGAAAAACCGUACCUGUGCUCGUGGAAGGGCUGCGGCUGGAAGUUCGCCAGGUCCGACGAACUCACCAGGCACUACAGGAAGCACACCGGCGACCGACCCUUCCAGUGCAGACUCUGCGAAAGGGCCUUCUCCAGGUCGGAUCACCUGGCCCUGCACAUGAAAAGACACAUCGCUGUUUGAUAUUGACUCAUGAUUAAAGUACGCGGAUCUCUUGAUUUUUAUACUGAAAAAUUAUUUUUAAAAUGUUUUUUACUAUAAUAUUAUGAUGUCGUGCUGGAGUGUGAGCAAAAUUAAAAAGAAUUAUUUUUGAAAAAGUAAAAUAUUCAGAGGAAGACUGCUGCCGCCGAGUCGAGUUUUGCAUUAUGUACAUUAUAUAUUUUUGCAAAUCAUAAUCUCUCUCUCUCUUGGUAAGAAUAACUCAGUACGAGUUGCAUUCCUCUCUCUGUGAUAAUAAACGCACCCUUCUCAGUGUAAACGUCAAAUAUUUUAAUAAGAUAAAUUCCACGCACGCACCGGCUUUUCUGCAUCCUUUCGACGAUGACUUGCUGAAAGCUGUAUCAUUCCAAGCCGUCUCUAUUUAUUGCCCGUUAAUUUAUUUUCCGCCUCACUCUCUCUUUUUUUCUGGAAAAAAAUCCAUGUAUAUUUUAUGUCGCACAUCACACACAGGAAAUUUGUUGUAAAUAUCGUACCAGGAUAAAUAAAUAAAAGGUCGCUCGAGGCGCGAGCGAGCGUUU